UCCUUCGUUGACGGGAACGGUACUGAUGUCAGAAGCUUAAUUUUUCGUAAGAUGUCAGUGAAAAUUACCAUAAAUGGGCGUGUUUACAAAGUGGUCGCGAAGUCAAGAUGAGUUAUCACUACAUAGUGAUAACUCAUAAUUUCCCAUAGGCCUAAGGGAAAUUCCCAGCAUUUAAGGUCAGCCAGCAGACAUAUUAUGUAAAUGCUGAUUAUAUUAUUAGCAAAUCAAACACGUUACCUGUUUAUGUGUCGGUGAUCCGAACACAGAUCUAAACAAGGCUGAUCGCAAAAGGCAGAGAGCUUACAGGAUAGCUCUUCAAGAAUGUCCGAAAUAAAAUGUGGAAUUUACCAAUAUUAUACAAAAUCAGUAUGUCGUCAUGGCAACGAGGAAAAGGAUUCAUCAACUCCAUGUACCCAGUGCAAAAACAUUAAUCAGUUCCCAGGGAUGAAGUUCCUUGAGGAAUAUAAGAAAAGUUACUCCGAUUUUGAAGAAUUUCUCAGGAUGGUAGUACCAUCUAAGUUGAAAAGAAAUGGAAUUUAUGGGUGGAUAGUAUUGGCUCCAAAAUACUUUCUAAUUGAAGAGGAUCACGUUAGAAUGUCUGAUGCAUCUACAGAAUGGGAAACACUCAUGGAAGAAAAUAUUCGUGUAAAUUUCCCAUUGGUCCGGAAAUUAGCUGAAAAACAUAGCGUUUUUGUAGGAAAGUGGAUGAUUUUUCUACCAAAUGGUUUACAUGCUGAUCUUACUUGGAUUCGCAUAGCUCGAGCUCACCAAGAAGGGAAGUUAGGUGUUGCAGCGAGGAUUUCUUUAAUGUCAAUACACGAGGAGGAUUGUCCGUAUUAUCAUGUUGCUUUUGUAUACAACUAUGAUUUCAGAGAUAAAAAAACUGUCUUUGAAAUAGAGUCAAAUCUACGUGAUAUUGGAAUACGUUGCAGAAUGCUUUAUAAACCAAUGGCGUUUAGUUACUGCGAUAUUCACAGCGGAAAUGAAUGGGGAAUGAAGCCGUAUAUAUAUACGAGUACGUACGACGUUAAGAAAAAACAAUCCACAAUAGUAAAGACUUAUGAUUAUGCUUAUGACUGUAAUGAUGAUGGUGAUAAUGAUUUCGACGAGGAGAAACAUGAUGAUCAUGACAAUUAUGGCGGUAAUAAUCAAUAAGAUAAAGGCCUACUAAGGAGCAUACUGUGUCUCUAUUCAAAACUAAAGGUCCAUAUUCAGAUCGGUUUAAGUGUGAACCGCCCAGUAAAAAUAUAUUUAACCUUGCAUGUACUUGCUUGUUAAAGCCUAAUUUUUAUGACAAGAAAUAUCUGAGAAUUUGUUUUAAAAUUUCCAUUGCAAAACAUGUGAAGCGCUUGCGGUACACCACGUAGAUAGUGCUAAAAAUUAUAUUGUUUUUUCUGACGUUUCGAUUGAGUUGAAUAAUUCUAUGAUGGAAAGUUAAAUUUAAGAUUAUAACAUAAGUGUUGAAAUUAAAAACGUUUAGGAGAAUACUCUAAACAAAAGACAAAGAAUGUAGGCUAUAUUGGAAUUGACGAUGCAUAAGUAAAGCACAUAA